AUGACUUCUGCUGCCAGUGACCAUCACCUCCCCAACCAGCCAGCAUGGUAUCGUCUGCUACCCAAGCCUCCUACUGGGCAUAACCUGGCAUUGCGACGUGGCUCAUCCCUCGCCCAGCAUCAUUUAUUUCGUGACCGGUCUCCCACCGGCCGUGCUGCUCGUCAAGAUGGGGCCACGGUCCAGCUUCCUGAACGUUCAAGUCAUCCUGCUACCGCUGUCCGUGAAGAGGAUAUAGAACAACCUCGGAAAACGGCCAAUGGUGACUCUGGGUCCAUCUCGCCCUCUCGCCGAGGCCGGUCUCUGGACAUGGAAAUCCAGCCUGCCGUGAGCAAAAGUACCCAUUCCCGGGAGCAUAUCUGCUUGUGCCCCGCGAGUCCCAAGAUUCCCAGACCUCGCAACUCCUUUAUUUUGUUCCGUCAACAUCAGCAAUCCAGUAUCAUCGCACAGAAUCCCGGGAUUCCGAAUCCGGAAGUAUCAAAGAUCAUUGGCGAACAAUGGCGUGGUCUGUCCGCCGAGGCCAAAGAGGAAUGGAAUCUGCUUGCGGAAGAAGAGAAAACUCGCCAUCAACGACAGUAUCCCGGUUAUCGUUACCAUCCACGACGCAGCGGCCGGGUUAGCAACCAGUCCUCUCUAUCUGGCCCUUCGUCCACCGAAACCCAAGAGUCGUGCCCCAAGUGUGGAGGAAAGCCAAUGAACUAUUACAGCAACCCGGCUCCUGUCUAUACUCCGCCGCCGACGUCUGCCACUCGACCAACGAUGGCUGUUACGGUCCCUGCGAAACGGGGGUACGUCGUCAGUGCGGCACCGCCAGGCGCGAGAAUCCACGGACAGCCCGCUCUGUCGCCUGAACAUGUCACUUUCCAGCGAGUCGACCCUCGAUUGGUCUACGCCGUCCCUCCUCCCUCGCAAACAUUGCCGACUCCCCCUUCUGCAGAGUCACAGGAUGCAAAGAGGCGGCGAUUCAACGGCCCCGGUGUCUAUGUGCCUGCUCGUGAGGUGUACCCGGACGCAUCAUACUCUUAUGCCCAUUCUCCCACCACCGGCGGUGUCUAUGCCCGUCAAGAGACCCUGCAGCGCCCUCAACAGAUUGCCCUCCAACAUGUGCAGGUCGCCAAUCCGCAGAUGGUGUCGCCUCCUCGAGCCGCAUACCCUCGCCCACCGCAGCUGCAGCCAAUUCGACCACCACCACCUCCUUCCCACCAGAGAAAUCGAUCGAGCGUCGCUUUGCCUCCCAUAGAGACCCUGGUGACGCAGACUCCGGUUAAGACGCCGUCCACGCAAUCUCAGAGCUCCGGCGUCGAGGCUAUGAUUAUGUCCAUCCCGAUCUUGAACAAAAUCAAAGUUCUCUCGCAGAUCUCCGGUCCAUUGGCGGCACCCGGUCUCACGUCGCCAAAACCAGAAGUUCGAGGGGCCAUUAUCGCCGUCGAGGGCAUGGACGCAGCCAGCGUCGACAGCAUGACCAACUCUCUCGCCGAACAGUUGGAGAAGGAGGGCAAGUUCGCCGUGAGGAUCUUUGGAGGUCCGGAUCCAUACUCUACCAUGCGUGAUGCAAAGACCAGCCUGGGUGAAGGAAGGAAGAGAGGCAUGACACCCGACGCGUACUUGGACAUCAUGAGUCAGUGGCACAAAAUCAACAAGGAUAUGGUCGACUACAUUUCUUCCAAGCCGAGGACAGGGACGCAGUUAUCUCCCAUUGUCCUCGAUUCCCAAGACGAGGACCAUCGCAUGACUGAAGCGGACGAUCACCAGCAGUCGGGGACCGCAUCCGACGCAUCUCGUGCGACAGAAGAACAGAAGACAGAUCAGCUUGACUCGGCCAUUUCACCCCGGACUAUCAGCAAAGCCGCCGAUAUGUCCAUCCACUCGCCUUUCGUCUAUCCGGUCGGCCACAAAGGGAGGAGUCACAGUACACCCGGCUUGUGGGCCAGCAAGGAGUUGACCGGGUCGGACUCGCGAGCCACACCGCCGCUGCCGACCUUCCCACGUCCCCUGAACUCGAAGCGCAUUCCCCCGCCGCCCACGACACCUCCGCCCCCAGCCGCCUCGACCUCUUAUCCGCUGUCGCUCGUUCCACCCCCCUUACCAGCAUCUUCGGUCCCCCGACCAGCAACCGUUCAGCCACUGGCACCGACCACCGCCAGUUCGCCCACCUCGUGUACCCCUUAUGGCGGCGUCAUCCCUAUUGCCAUCGUUCCACAUUUUCAACUGACCACCGUCGACGCGAGCUCCAUCAGUAUGCCUAUCGGUGACGGCUUCUCGCCGCCCGCUCACUGGCAGUGGUUUGCCACGCUGUGGCGCGGGAGCGUUGGCCCAGACAUCACCAUUAUCAUCAGAGGAGUGGAUGAAGAGCCUGCGGACGGUGGGGAUGUGGUCAAGCAGACACCCGUGCAGGGCAAUCAUCCUGUGGCGCGGGACAGAAUCUCCAGCGUGGCUUCGUCACAAUCCCACACCGGAGGAACGGGGGUCGAGAUCCGGUUACAAGAUGCUCGGGCGGUGAUCGUCAAGACGGGUAUCGCCGGAUCGCAUGCUUCGUUGGCAGCCGCUGGUGAAGACGGAAAGGGAGCAGCAGCCACCAAGACCCCGAUGGGGCCGCAACAGGCCAAGGAGAUGGAAAACUGGGAGAAGGCCAAGAGGAGGGUUGGGUUUGAGGUGGAAGAGUUCUUGCGGAGAUAA